AUGGCUUCCACCUCUGCCAGAUCCAUGUGGCAGCUCUCUCCAGACGUCGCCGUCGUAGGGCUCGCGAUGAUCGUAUAUAUUUUCCUGUUUUUGCAGCGGCGCUAUCGCUCGAGUCUGAAACUCGCGGAGGCCCGUCUCGUGGAAUCUGAGACGGGAGGGCGUGUUCUGGCGAGCACAACCACUGAAGAGCGUAAAGCAGUGUGGAAGCCCGCGUCUUUCACCUAUCCGGACAUCGUUCCACUACCUAACGAAUUAAGGGCUCUCGAACCGCGGCCGUACAGACCAUUCAAGGCCGGUCCAUAUCAUAUCACAAUGGGUAUUCGACCCAUGGAAUGGGACAAUUGGAUUGAGCUGGAUAACCAAUUCCCGACCUUCCACCGCAUCCGAGCAAAUCGCAUCGCGACGCGCGGUCAUAAACUCAUACGGGUCCUCCCUGACAGGCCUGGAGUCGUGAAAGGCGGCGCCGAAGCUGCGAGAGAACUCGUCUACGAGCUGGCUGAGUUUCUCUCCCGACGCUAUCCUGCAGUGUAUAGCGUGACGCGACACGUACCAUCGUCCACACCAGUCAUGGUCUCGUUUGAAGACGGGUGGAAGGGUGAAGGGAGGAUCAGAGAUGUCACGAUCGCACCACUUGGUGUGAAAUAUGACUUGGAUGUGGAGGAUCCAUUGAAGGUUGCAGCGCUGCUGGUACAAGAUGACUUGGCAGUGAUGAUUGAGGGCGAGGAUGGAUCGUACUAUUUCCAAGCGGGUGCAAUCAUUGUGCCAGGUUCGUGGAGAUUGGAAGACAAGAUCGGUAUGCCAUUGGACGAGAUACACUUUAGCGGACACGUUCCUUUCUACAAGGAAAAGCUGCAGCUCUCUAUGAACCGUUUCUUCCGUCGGCUUCCUCUGGAAGUGCCUGUUGUUCGAAAUAACUGGCUGAUUCAGGUGCUGGAUCCUGCACUCCAGAAGGCAGACGGGGAAAGAGCGGACGCAGCGGACCCCGAGGAACUGGCAUGGUCUGCCACAACUCACGGACCGGAGGACGCGUACUCUCACCCGCAGUCGUCGUAUGCACUGUCGCUUUCCUCAUCCGUGUCGCCACCCCCAUUUCCUACGCCACCUCCUUCGCUUCCUUUGCCAGCGGAGUUGCCGCGAGCGCCGCCCCCGACGCCCGCAACGCUCCGCCUGCGCACUGAGCGGCAGACACUAAGACGGCUUCCGCACAGCGGCGCGAUCGUGUUCACGAUCCGAACGUAUCUCGUUCCGAUCGAGCAGCUCAGCAAGGAAAAGGGUGUGCCGGGGCGGCUGGCGGCCGCGAUUAGGGGCGUCGGUGGUGAAAUUCGUCGGCGGAAGCAGGUGGAGGAGUACGAAAACGUGCUGCUGGGAUAUCUGGACGCGUGUGAUCGGGAAGAAGGGGGACGGUUGACGUGA